CUUUGCUCCUGAAUGAAAUUUAAAGAGACCAGUUACAUGUAGGGGGAAAUGUCUUUAUGGACAGAAAACGACAAAUUGGCAUCUGGUUAUGUGUCUGGAACUCCACCUUUAAAGAUCAAAUAUGAAGGUUUAUUGAUGGAAAUGUAAUAUACUACAUAUAUUGAUGUUUGUAUUUGUGUACAAUUAUUUAAAAAAUGAGAAUAGUUUGGUUAAUAUUGCCUUAGUAAAGCCAUUUACAUGUACUUUACAGAAACUCCCAUUUUGUGCCACACUGUGGCCUGAAUCCAGAGCUUGAGUUCUGUGUUUUAAGGCAGAAUUUUCUACACAAAUAAAAAAAAAACCCACAUUAUUCUUUCUGGUUUGUGAAGGCCACUCUGCUAGUACCCUGACGUGCUUGUGAAAGAUGAGGGAUGAAGGGGUCUCCAGUUUUGUCCCUCCUCCUCCUCUGCAUCUGCUCGUUGUACUUCGUGGGCCUUUACCUGUUUAUGGGCGGGUUCCUGCUGGUGAGGCUGGAGGUGAACCGGACCAGCACCUGUGGUGACGUGCUGCAGCCCGGGCAGGAGCCGGUGGACUUCUGCCACACUCGGCCGCGCUUCCGCCGCGCCGUCCUCAUCAUCAUCGACGCCCUGAAGAUCGACUUCGCUCAGUUUGACUCCAGCAACUUGGCGCCGCGACCGUACGAGAACAAGCUGCCCGUGGUGGAGGAGAUCACCUCCUCCAGACCUCUCCACAGCCGCUUGUAUCCCUUCCACGCUGACCCGCCCACCACCACCAUGCAGAGGAUCAAGGGCUUCACCACUGGAUCUUUACCCACGUUUGUGGAUGUCGGUAACAACUUUGCCUCCAGCGCCAUCCUGGAGGACAAUCUCAUCCACCAGCUGGGUCAAAUCGGAAAACGGGUUGUGUUCAUGGGCGACGACACUUGGGAAAGUCUUUUCCCGAAGAAGUUCUAUCGCUGUCUGCCCUUCCCUUCUUUCAACGUUAAGGAUCUGCACACGGUGGACAACGGCAUCCUCCAAAACCUUUACUCCACCAUGACGGGUAACGACUGGGACGUCCUGGUUGCUCAUUUUCUCGGCGUGGAUCACUGCGGGCACAGGUUCGGACCCGACCACCCGGCCAUGGCCGACAAGCUCACACAGAUGGACGGAGUCAUCAGGUCUGUGAUUGACCGUCUGCAGAACGACACUCUCUUGGUAGUGAUGGGAGAUCACGGGAUGACGGACACUGGAGAUCAUGGUGGUGAAAGUCUGAAGGAGACCGACGCCGCUCUCUUCCUCUAUAGUCCAGUGCCUUUGUUUCCAGGACCGCCGUCGCAGGAUGAGCCUGAUAUAGUUCCUCAGACGGACCUGGUGCCUUCACUGGCUCUGCUGCUGGGAAUCCCCAUCCCGUACAGCAGCGUGGGGCAGGUUCUCCUGCCGCUGUUCCCUCCUCAUGAUCAGGCAGAAGUUGCACCGACAGGUCCCAGCCAGCUGGAGGCGCUGUGGAUCAACGCGAAGCAGGUGAACCGUUUCCUGGAGACGUACUCCAGCAUGGCCAAAGAUAUUCCACCUCCACGUCUCUCUCAGCUGAAGGCUGAAUUCGCCCGCCUCUCCUCCGAGUACCUGGCCACAGUGGGAGCGGGCCGGUCACCCUCUCCUCAGCUGACCGCCUCAAUGCAGGCCUACCUCACCUCCGUCAGAGAAACCUGUCGAGCCACGUGGGCUCGAUUCAACCCGCUCAAGAUGGCAGCAGGUUUAGUCAUCCUGGCCUUCGCCUGCCUGAUGUGUUACGUCCUGUCCGAGCUGUCGUUUGUGCUGAUCAGGGAGAAUGCUCGCAGACUGAAGGCCCCGGCUGUCGUGGCGCUUGCCGUGGGGGUUUGUGUGGCCGUGGGUCAGCUGCUCACACAUGGGUACAUUGAGGUAGCGUGGUGCCUCGCGGCUGCCGCCCUCAGCGCAGAGCUUCUGUUCUUCUGGUCAGUUUAUCGAACGAGAACCGUUCAUGUGGCAAAAAAUGGAUCCAAACCUCCAAAGUGGACCAACUGGCUGACUCGGCGGCGUCUCCUCAUUCCUCCCAUCCUGGUUGCUUUCCUCCGCUGUGCCUCCCUGCUCUCAGAUAGCUAUGUGAUCGCUGAAGGACGGGUAGUGACCUUUCUCCUGUUGUCCUUGGUUGUCUAUACUCCCGUCCAUCUCAACUGGGAUGGUUUACUCCUACCUCCCAGCUACGACCCUCUGAAGUCUGCAGGGCUGCUGCCCUCGCCGGCCUUGUCUCCUUCCUUUGUGAGGAAAGAAAGCAGCACCCUCUUGGCCUGUGUUGGACUCCUUGUCGGCAGCCUCUACCUUUCCCUGUCGUUCCACGGCUGUCGGGAAGAGCAGGGCUACUGCCAGCCUUCGCCGUUCCUGACUCCUCUGUCGCGGUUGCAGGACAGCCAGAUGAAGAACCUCCACUACGCUCUGUCUGUCGUCUCUCUGGGCGUGUGGACGUAUCUGCUGAGACACUGCCUCCGCCAUUACGGUAACCUCAACUCCUCGGGCGGGGCGGUGUUCACGGCCCGCUGGAUUUUGCCACUGCUGUCCACGUGCCUCGGGCUCCACUGGGCUGUUAGCGCCACACCAGAGGACAGCUUCAGGAACCUCGGCGAGAUGAUCAAGCUGGCCCAGCUGCUCCUCCCCAGGGCCGCCUUCUGUCUCCUAGCGCUAGGGCUGUUCCUGAUCUGUCUAGACCCCCUCACUGUGUUCAUCAAGACCAGAGCCACAGCUUCAGCCAGAAACUCUUCCCUACCCCUGCCUCGCUAUCGAGCCAGCACCGGCAUCAGCCCGCAAGCCGAGCUGCACCACCUCAUCCCCCAGAUCUACCAGCGCAUGCGUCGUUCCCUGGACGACAACGAGCCGAGCGUGGGCAGCGAGGUGGACAACAGGCCGGCGGUGGAGGCCUACGGCCUGGGAACUGUGUACUCUGCCCCUCUGCUGCUCUUCUGUGGCCUCUUAACACUUGGUAUGCUGCUGCUGCACCCAGAGGGCAUGGCUCUGUCCUUCCUCCUGCUGCUGCUCGAAAUGGGAGCUCUGCUGCACAUCCACGCCUCCGCCACCACACUCCGAGGCCUACAAAGCACAUAUUCUGGUGGCUUUAAUGUCCCCUGGGCUCCGAUAGUGAUGUGGUCUCUGGCUGCCACGCAGUUCUUCCACGCGACAGGUCACCUCCCCACGUUCCCCUCCAUCCAGUGGAGUGCUGCCUUUGUGGGAUUUCCUGACGGACACACAGGCACUGCAGUGCCCGCCUCACUGGUCACCCUCAACACCUUCGCCUCACACAUCCUGUUUGCAGUGAGUUGUCCUUUGCUGCUGUUCUGGCCUCUGGUGUGUGAAGCGCGUGGGAGCAGAGGAGGAAGAGCUGCCGGUGAUGAAGGAGAAGACGCUGUGAUGGAGAUGAGACUGAGAGAAAACCCCCAGCAGUUCAGCUCCGCUCUGCUGCAGCUCUCAACACGCUACCUCUUCAUCCUCGGAGCACAGGUCUUCGCCUCGGUCAGUGCGGCGGCCAUUCUCAGGAGACACCUAAUGGUGUGGAAGGUUUUUGCACCCAAGUUAAUAUUUGAAGCCUUAGGUUUCGUGUUGAGCAGCGUGUCCGUGGUGAUCGGGGUCACAUUAGUGCUGAGAGUCGACGUCGCCGUCGCACGCUGGUUUAAGAGACUCAUCCCCGACUCGUCCAGGUAGCGAUGACUAAACAUGGAAAGCAUUUGCUGUCUUUGUUCAAUGGAGGGAAUUUCUACCGGAGGUCACCUGUCACUGUAACUCCUGAGGAUGUCACGUGUUGUAUCACACCGAGCUCCGCCUCCUUUUCAUCCAGAGGGACUCAAACAAGACAUCGUAAACUGUGAGCUUGUGGACUUUUUUUAUACAGUGUUUGUUUUUUGGAUGCUUUUUUUUGUAAAUCAUCUCACACAGGUGAUGGGAUUAAAAGGCCUUUAAGGUCCAGCAUUGUACGUGUAAAAAGGGAGAAAAAUGAAUGUUUAUCUUAAAAUCCACCGGUGAAUGAAACUUUAUGAACCAGACAGUGACAGUGUUCACAUUGCUGCAGGUGCUGAAUACAUACAGUUUACAGCAGCUGGACCUGACAUUUACCUGUCACAGCUGGAGAAGAACAACUACGUUCAAAAAAAAAUCUUGGUGUUUUUUUUUUUUACACGCCGCUACCGAGACUGACGUCAGGGCCGGCUCUCUGCAUUUUCCUGCCGUUUUCUUGAAACCUUUUUUCAACCCUCAGUUGGUUCGUUUCACAUCUUUAUUCUCAUUAUUUUAUUUGAAUAACGUGUUUAAAUUCAUUACUGUGUGAUAUUUGUGCAGAUCUGUGAGAAAGAUGUUUUCUUCAGUCUGUAGAAUGUGACGUGUAUAGGUCAUGACAAUAUUUCAUCUAAAAUGGUCAUUUUACACAUUUUGGCUAUAAGAAAUAUUGUCCUACUGUGAUUUGAAAAUCGCAGUAUUGACCCUAUUGCGAUUUUGAUCAAAUUUCCAUUAAUUGUUUAGCCCUCACUCCUCAAACAAAGCUGCUUGUUGACGAGAAUAACACAGUAAUACACAAGUCAUAAAACACUAUACAGUAAUGAUUGUCAAGUAUGGACACUGUGAGCAAAAUUUGCAUGGCAACAAAUAAUAGUGAAUAGGAAUAUAAUAAAUAAAUAUAGUAAACAAACAAAGCACUGUUAUUUAAAUUAGACAAAUCUGAACAACUUCAAUUAUUCAACUUGUGGUUGUGUGAUGCCCGUCCAGUAGAUGGCGCCCUAUAGGCGACCGCCUGAAUGACCUAUACCUAGAGCCGGCUCUGACGUGACCCUAAUGUGCAACAAAGUGGCCAAACUGAGCAGUUUUAAAUGUGAUGGGGAAAAGAGCAGUUACAGUCACUGAAAGUUACAUUUAAACUUUUCCUGACAGUGAUAUAUAAAUAAUGAGCAGGUAAACGCUAAAGUGACUCUGCAGAAACUGAACCGACCGCGUGGAGCUGCUUUAAUUUCAGCUCCACUUGGCAAAAUCCAGCAUUUGCAGCACAUCAUUUAAUAAGCUUCUGCUGGAGGAAGUUUUUCAGGAUGUACUGCCAAUUUACACACUAUCAAUUACUGUGAUAAGAUUACGAAACAUUCUAUUGUCUAUAGUCUUCUUUUUUUUUCUUUUUUUUUUAAUAUUUAAGUCUAAUGCUUUUUUAUAAUCAAGAUUGUUUUGAAAUCACUGACAAGUUUUCUAAUCUCAAAUGAAACGGUAGUCUCAAUUGGGCCUCAUACACCUUGUCCCUGAAAUAGGUACCUCUCUUAAGUGUGUGUGUGUGCGUGUGCGUGCGUGCGUGUGUGUGUGUGUGUACUUGUCAGCCUAUCUAACAGUGGACCUCAGUGUCGUUUCACACUCACCAAUAGGGGACGUUCAUGCCAAAAGGGGACAUUUUUUCAGGUCCCCUUGAUGGUCAUGCUUUACAUCAUGCUGAAAUAAUGUCGUAGAUCUUCUGGUGAUUUUUUCUUUUUUAUUAUUAUUUUUGCUAAGAGGGGACCUGCAUGUGUGUGAGUGUUAAAUAGCCUCCUCAACAAUGCCUCUACUGACUUGAGCAGGAAUUUCAACGCCUCAUUUUAGAAUAAAAUUUUCUUUUCUGUUUUUAUUAUUUUAAAAAAAAAAAAAAAUUACCAGAAACACAAGUCUACUGUUAGUUGGUGUGAAAGGACAGUCCUCAGUUAGCCUGGUAAACAUGUAUGUGGGUGUGAGUUUGUGAGAAUGUUGUCUGGGCCAUUAAAACCCCAGAACCUCCAGAAACACUAAUCAGUUAAUUUAUUUCCGUGUGUUGACUGAGUCCGUCAGUCCUGGUACUGAUCCGCAGCUGAAGUCAGCAGCUAAUGUUCAUUAGCUAAUGCAUGGAAUCGAAAACACAACUUUUUUUUUUUUUUACGCACAAACAAUCUCUCGUUUGGAGAAACUGCUGUAGUUUGACGUCUGCUCUUGUGUUGACUCGGUUGUGUGAUGAAGGGGAACUUUUUUUUCUUUUAAAAUAUUUAAUAUAUUAAAUAACUUGAUUAAUUGAAGAAAUUCACAUUCUGUCGAAUAAUUAUAAUAAUAAUAAAAAGAACUUUUCUACGUGA